AUGGCCGCCAAGAAGCUGGCUCUCCUGUGGGUGACGGAGCUGAACCCCCGUAGUGGACGAGCAGGGAGUGAUACAGGGUGCGACUCCCUGGAGGCCAUCUUUGAGUGUGUCAACACACCAUGUAUUUUACAAAUCUUGUGUAUGUCGAAAGGGCCCGAGGAAGAGAUGGCAGAAUCAGCAAUAGACCAAAAUGAGCACCCGUCUGAGGAAACAGAGGAGCUGGACCCUCUGGAACCAGACGACGGUGGGACUUUCCAACAAGUCACAAACCUGCUCGACAUCAUGGACAGCGAGUCGGCAGCGGCGGACACUGCCGGCACGGGUCCCAGCCUGCGGAAGGCGCUGGCCUCGGCGAUCAUCACGGAGAAGGCCGCCAGCGAGCCCUGCGUGGUGAUGAGCGCCCUCAUCCGCUGCCUGCAGGUGCCGCAGAUCCCCACCCAGCGGAAAGUCAACGUUUACAACAUCCUCCAGGAGGUCAUCCAGCAGGAGGGGGAGCUGGAGGAGCAGUGUGUCCAGAGGCUGGUGGCCAUCGCCUCCAAGGAGAUGAGGGAGAUCCAGGAGAUGGAGGGAUACCUGAGGGCAGAGGUGGCCAGUGACACCCUGGUGGCCCUGUCCCGAAACCACUUCAGCCUGGUCAUGUAUGAGAUGCAGCACCACCUCAAACCCCUUGACCUUGCAGAUGAAUUUGUCAUUGUCACCCUGGCGAAGCUGGCCAACGGCAACGUGUUCGAGUUCAUGCCCUACAUGGGCAUCACCCUGGCCACCAUUUUCACGAUGCUGAGACUUGUCAACGAAGCCAAGAUGCGCCAGGUGAUCUGCAGUGCCAUGGAGACCUUCUGCGAGACGGUGCAGUUCUACCUGAAGCACCUGGAGGACAGCGUGUACCCCAUGAUGACCGAGGAGCAGUUUGCUGUCAAGCUGUUCCCGAUGUAUCGCUACUUCGUGACCGUGUGGCUGAGGAGCCACAACCCAGAGGUGAAGCUGGGGGUCAUCAAGUCCCUGAAGCCCAUGCUGAACCUCCUCCUGCCCAACGAUGACCUGCGGGAGCAGGUGUAUGACUACGUCCCCCUGCUGCUGGCGGAGUACCAGGGCAACCUGGAGGCCCUCUUCAUCACGCAGAUCUUGAGGCAGAUCCUGGAAGUGUCGGUCACCACCAGAACCCCCGUCCCCCAAAUGCAGCUACACACCAUUUUCACGGAACUGCACAUCCAGGUGUGCGCCAAGGCCCCCGCUCAGCAUCAGUACAGCGGCCAGAACGUGAGGGAGAUCGAGCACUGCUUCAUCGCCCUCGCCCGUUCCUACCCUAAGGAGCUGAUGAAGUUCUUCCUCAGCCAAAUGGAGAUGAGCAAGGAAGCCGUCCGCCUGGGGACCCUGACCCUGAUCAGGGCAGUGGUGGCCGCGGAUGAGCCCAGGAUGAACAUCAAGACUAUCUGCCUGGCCAUCCGGGUAGUCAAGAGCUCCAUCUCCGAUACCCGCCCCAAGGUGAGGAUGGCUAUUCUCCGCAUCAUGGGCCAGCUGGCUCUGUCCGGCUUUCAGGACAGGAUCAAAGGUUGGGGCCUGAAGUUCGUGUCCAUGCAGCUGACCCUGUCCACCUACAAACUGACAAAUCGCCGGGACAGCUUCCAUCAGAGGGACCUGGAGGAGAAGAUGGUUCACAAAGUCACCAUGGACACCGUGAAGAUCAUCACCUCUUCUGUCAGUGGGAUGACCCACGAGUUUUGGGUGAGGCUCCUGUGCUACAUCAUGGAGACAGACAACGUGGAGGUCUUGACCCCCAUCUGCGUCAGCCUCACAAACCUGGCGGAGCGCCAGCUCCACUCCACGGCUGAGGAGGCCAGCGCAGCCAGCAGGAGCAGGCACGUGGACCUGCCCGUGCCGCAGAAGCUGCUGGCCCGCCUCCUGGUGCUGAUGUCGUCCCCGUACGAAGGGGAGGGCAGGGGGAUCGCCAUGCUCAACCUUUUGAGGACCCUGAGCCACAGCAUCGCACCCUCCAUGGCCGACAUGUGGGAGCUGGAGAUCCCACUGUUGGUCAACUACCUGGAAGAACACACAAAGUUCACCUGGAAUCAGAAGACCUGGGAAGACAAGCUGAUUCAGUUUCUGAGGCACUCCCUCAGGAAGACUCGGGGUUCCAACUGGAGCCUGCGUCUGGGCAAAGAGCUGAACAACCAGAUCGAGAGCUUUGACAGCCCCUCCCUGGAGAAGAGAUUUCUGUACCGGGCCUUGGGCCUCACCCUGGCCACAGGCCUGGAGGCUGACAAGGUGGAGUUGCUGCUGCUGGAGCUGCUGUACAAGACGGACUACAGCAAGGACUUCGACCAGGAGGGCGUGAUCCUGUGCUUUGGCCUGUGCGCCCGGGGCCAGGUGAAGACGGUGCUGAACGUGCUGCGUGACUUCGAGGAGAGGAUCCAGGAGUCGGAGCAGUCCUGGCAGAUCGGUGCUUGGCGGAAGGACCUCCCCUGGAGGCGGGAGACGGUGAAGAGCGCCCUCAUGGUGAUGUACGGCUGCGUGGCCCUGCAUUGCCACUGGCGGAUGCUGCGCGCCCAUGUGGACACCCCCAUCACCUCGAAGAUCAUUCACCACUACACCAGCAGCUCCCAGGACAUCGGCCUCAAAAUGGCCUUCAUGAAGAGUGUGGUGCAGGUCGCCAAUGCCAUCAGAAACCUCAGGGACCCGGAGGACUUCCAAUUUGCCCAAAAGGCGGCUCUCACGACCAUUCUCCUGGCGAUCAUUAGGGCGGAGCCGCCGGACGGCCUGGCCUCCCCUGUGCGCAUCAUGGCCAUGGAGGCCCUGUGGCACCUCAGCGAAUUGAAGCCCUUCUACUCCACGGAGGAAAACAGCGAGCUGAUGGAUGCGAGCAUACAUUCUGUAGUUUCUCUCGUGCCCCCAGGGGAGGACAACGAGUCCAUUAAGGCCCUGCACUCGGACGCCCUGUGCGCCCUGGAGCGGCUGACAGAAGGCCUCCUGCGGAGGCAGCUGGGCCCUGGUGCGCUGCAGGAGGCGGUGCAGCUCCUGGAAAAGUGGAUCUUGUCGGAGAAAGAGUGGGAGCGGGAGAAGGCUGUGAACCUCCACCUUCGUCUCAUGCAGACCUACGCCCAAAGCCUUGGCGCCUGUAUCCCCCUGAAGCUGGGGCAGUUUGGUACGCUGGUCGGCCUCGUUGCCCCGUGCACCUGUGACUCCAAAGAGAGCACUCGCAUGACCUCAACAGAUGUCCUGUCCAGCCUGCUGGAUCUUCAUGCAAGCCAGACCCGCUCCUCAUGGGACGCGUCCACAGAGCUGGAGCUUGCGCAGUGUAAAGAAGACCUCCGGGCCAUGGAGGUGGAGAAGAUUUUCAGUGCGUCCUGCAGGAUCGCCAAGGUGGCUUGCACGCAGUUUAAUUGUGAUGAUGUGGUCUCGCUCAUCCAGAAGCUCUGCGAGAACAUCGGGGCCAUGGGCCUCCAGCACGACCAGGCCUCGGUCGCCUGGAUAGGCAUCUUCCUCCAGAUGCGGGUCAAGGAGCUGGAGGACAAGGUGGCUGAGAUCCUGGGCGCCAUCCUCGCCCACCUGCCCGUGGUGGAGUCCCCGGAGGUGCGGCGGCGCCUCACCGAGGCCGUCCUCCUGCUGGCUCAGCACCACCAGGAGAUGGUCCUCACGUCGCUCCUGAGACAGCCGCUGCCCAUGCAGAGCCACCUGAAGGGCGUGUGGCUGGCUGUGGCGGAGAACGCGCCCUUUGCCCAGCCGAUGCUCCGCGGGCUGAUGGGCCGGCUGCAGUCGCGGUUCACCCCCAGGGCUGCCGCCGCCUCCACGGCCGACGUCUGGCGCCUGGCUGCCGUGGACCCCCUGAUGACCCUCUGCACCGUCCAGCUUCUCAUUGAGAAGGUGGACAAGGAUGACACGCUCCGGGACCUCUUCCCGGACCUCCUCUACACCCUCCUGAUGCAGCUCGGCAGCAGCCAGGGCCCAGGGGCUGUGUCCCCCGUCCUGAAGAUGGGGAGGCUCGUCCACACGGGGACCCUGCCCGAGGAGACCAACCUGCAGAGGGUCACAAUCAAGUCCAUGCAGCUCUUGUUCGAGAGACUCGGCAGUGAGCAGGCGGUGCACGCCCUGGAAGAGCAGGGAGCGUGGGCCCUGCUGGCAAGCGGCUCGACCUUCCUGCAGGGAGCGGGCCUGCUGGCCAGGCUGUGCAUCCGGAACAGGGAGGGCUGCUGGCAGAGGCUGUUGGAGCUGGCGCUCAGAGGCAUGGCCUCGGAGGUCCUCAGCUGCCGCGUUGGCAGCACGGCGAUCUGCGUGGAAUUCAUGAGCCACCCGAUGCUGUACCAGGAGAAGCUGCUGAAGCCGGCCGUGCUGCUGCUGCAGCAGGGCGUGGCCCAGCGGGACGAGGCCCUGCGGGUGCUGUCCCUGCGCGCCCUCGGCAACAUGGCCCUGGGUGCCCCCAGGAAGGUGAGGCAGUACCGGAAGCUGCUGCUGGAGGCGUGCCUGGGCUCCCUGCGGGGUCCUGCCGGCACCGGCGUGGCCUCUGCGGGCCUGGAGGCCCUGGCCCAGAUCCUGGCCGAGCUCCGCGAAGGGGACCUGGGGUCCUUCUUCGACGCCGUCUCUGAGCAGUGCAGGUCCUUCUUUGACCACGAGAGCGAGCUGCUGCGCCUGAAAGCCUUCCUCCUCUUCGGCGCGCUGGCCAAGGCGGUCAGCCUUUCCAAGAGGCGCUUCUUCAAGGAGGAGGUGAGGAGAGCCUGGGUCCCGCUCAUGCUGCACUGCCAGGACCCGUGCCCGGACGCGGCCCAGGCCUGUAUGGCGACCCUGUGUCAGUGUGCACACUUCUGGGGCUGCAAGGCUCUGGAAGACUCCUUGGGGCGAAGGGACCCCGGCGGGGCCGACGAGACGGCUGCUCUCCAGAUGACCCUGUGCUCCGUCCUGACUCAGAAAAAGCCUGCUGUUCUCUACGGUUUCUUGCUAGAAACAAUGACCUACAUUAAAAGUAACUUGUCGAGGAUUAGGAUGGCUUCCUGCAGCUUGGCAGGGAUUAUCAUGAAGCAGAUGUCCGAACCGUACCUGAAGAAGCUGGACUUUGCGGCGCUGCGGACUUCUCUCCAGGAGCUACAGCUGGACUCGGAUCCUGGGGUCCAGAGGGCAGCGCUGGACACCCUCAAAAUCUUGGACACCUGCAGUCAGCACUGGCUCCCGGCGCCCCCCGAAGGCGUUUCCUAG